UUGCUUGAUUCUGGGAAACGACCCCUCCUCCUUUGUCGUGAGUCUAAUCCCAUCCUCCCUAGAGCUAACGAUAAAGAAAGAGAUCAUUUCAGUCAGGGGCUAUAAGAUAGGGAUUUAAAGCAUUCUCCAGAUAUGAAACACUCAGAAUCAAGCACCGUACAAACCGACGCACCACUUUGAACCGGCACGCGAUUCCGUUGGCGACGGGGAGAGAUUCUACGCUUACCACUGAGCGCAGCUCCAAUGUGCCUUUCAAUAACCUCAAUACAGCCUGUGUACAUGAGGAUUUACUAUUCCAUCCAUUAUCAAAGAAACCUGUUUUUUUGAGGAAAGAACAAUCGACUGUGAUUUGAGCUAUUUUUGUUUCAUUUUUUUAAAAAUACAUUCUGUUCCUGAGAUACUUUUUAAAGAUUUACCUUAUUAAAUGUGUAGCAGCAUAAAAGGCGCAUAACGCAACCUGUAAACGUUUCAUUAUGGGGCCCGGAAUCUUGACUGUACAGUAUUAACAAGUUUUUGAUUACUUUUCAAAACAAACGGAACCAGCGUGUUUCUGUGAGAAAUUUUCUUCGCUUUGGAGAAAUGGGUUCAAUUGACGCUGUAGGAGCUGUUCAUGCUUGGAGUCAGGUGAAUGUCUCUUCGUUUGCCUUUUUAAAUUCAUCAUUGCCCUUACCCUCUCCGCAAACCCCCGGCUCGUUCAAUGAGAUCUUCAUAACAUCUUUGCUCGGGACAGUACUAACCGUGAUGUGCUUAGUUGGGGUCGUUGGAAAUGUGUAUACUCUGGUCGUUAUGAACAUUUCAGUUCGGGUCAGUUGUUCAAUGUACGUUUAUAUUAUUAACUUGGCCUUGGCUGAUUUAUUGUACUUAGCCACAAUCCCAUUCGUGGUCUGUACCUACUUUGUGAAGGACUGGUACUUUGGAGACAUCGGGUGUCGGAUUCUUUUCAGCCUCGACUUCCUCACCAUGCACGCCAGCAUAUUUAUUCUGACCGUAAUGAGUACCGAGCGGUACCUGGCGGUUGUUAAACCUCUGGAUACUUUUGGAAGAUCACGGCACUACAGGAGGACAGUAACCUGCGCGGUUUGGCUUGUGUCGUUUUUGCUGGCUCUCCCGAAUAUGAUCAUGAUUGAUCUUAAACGGACUGUUCAGAAUGGACAGGUGAAACGCAUGUGCCACCCGACCUGGCAAAUGAAAGCGUACAAGGUGUAUCUGACUGUGCUAUUCAAUACCUGCAUCUUGGCUCCUGGUAUUGUUAUUGGGUAUCUAUAUGUUAGAUUGGCCAGGACUUACUGGAUGUCGCAGACCACGGUAUGUACAACAAAAGAAAUGAAUCGCUGUCCGAAACAGAAAGUGCUUUACAUGAUCCUCUGCAUCGUUGCCGCAUAUUGGGCUUGUUUCUUACCAUUUUGGCUAUGGCAGCUACUUAGCAUGUAUUACUUUGGACUUGGGAAUUUAUCUCAAAGGACAAUGAUGUACGUUAAUUUCAUAGUCACUUGUCUAGCCUAUAGCAACAGUUGCAUCAAUCCAUUUCUUUACACAUUGUUGACGAAGAAUUACAAGGAAUAUUUGAAAGGACGACAAAAGAGUUUUGUUGGGUUUAAAAGAAAAUUUAGACACUCGUCGCAAAGAUCUGUGUCAUCAGGGAGUCACCAGUUCACAGAGACUAUGACCGUCACGCACUUGAAGGGAGUCACGGACGCAUGCAAUUUAUAAUUGCUCACUAUGAACAAGUAUUAAAUAGGCUAUGUAGGCUAUCGCGCGCUUGUGUGUGAUUGCGAUAGAAAUUUCGAUCACAAUCCUGUCAUAAAUAAUAUUGUAGGUUGCAAUUAUGGCUCUAUAAUUUAAAAUGUCAUUUCAGAAUGGCUCGUAAUGAUUAGCUUUCCUCAGACAACAUCAUUUGCUCGCCUAAUUAAUUAAUUAAUUAAUCUAAUAUGCUAAUUUACGAAUGUUUAUUCUUUGUUGGGGAAAGUGUGGUAAAUUAUGGAAAAUAACACGAUGUAAUAUUAUCCUUCGACAGACAAUUGUAGAUAUGUACGCACAAAUCAAGGUCAUAAUGAAGUCCUGGCUGUUUCAAGUAGUCAGUUGAGUUCAAGUACGAUGACUUUUUCUGCGUAACAUUUAGCAAUAAACACUCAAUUAUUUUUCAAAGCAGAUUAACAAUGAAAGCACAUAGUUCCGCACUAUUUAUACUUGAAAAAAAAUCCGUAUUAUGAAGUUAUUUUCUAUGAUGCGAAGCAUAGACUAGCAAGUAGAAUAUGAUACAAGAACGAUGUAUGCUUCGGAGCAACUACUCUUUUCAAAGUGGAAA